AUGGCCCCUUCUACUCCUACACCCAGCCCUUUCGCCGCCAUGAGGAACUUUGGUGGUAUGGUGUCAUCUGCUCUUUCUUUCGGCGACAGGUCUCGCCAAGUCUCCUCCCUCGGCCUCGGCACUCUCUCUCUGGGGGAGCCGUCUGGCGCUGCCUCGCCCCCUCGCUCCGCCUCUCCCUCCGCUGGUUCUCCCUCCCCCGUGUCUGGUUCUCCCGUCCCCGUAACGGGUUCUCCUGGAGGGCCUCCUCCUGCCGCCACUCCUCGCCGUAGGACGCCCGCCUUUCGUCCUGGUGAGUCUCCGUCCUCCUCCGACCAGGACUCGCUCAGUGGGGGCUCGGAGUCGAGUGAUCGACCCGACACCGAAGAAAGUGAGGAUGAUGAUGAUGGGGAGGGUAGGAUCGAUAGUGAGGGUGAAAACGAGUUAGAAGAAUACCCGGAUGAUGAUGUGGAGGUGAUUAGUGUAGAGGACAACAACGUAGAUAGUCCUGAGCGUGAGUUCUUCGUCCAACCUCUCACACCUUCGCCGAACUUGGCCUUGUUUAUCUGUUCUUUAGCUCUCCAAGACAUUGCUAACUCGCAGCCGGUCCUGCCCCUCCCCCUGCUCAAAUUGUGGGCCAGAAACGACGCCGUUCCCUCUCCUCUUCUUCUUCUUCCUCUUCUUCUUCCUCUUCCGGGGUUCUCCCCCCCCCACAGCGUCAUCGACGCUGGCGCUGCUGCUGCCGGCGCCUGGCCUAGUGGCGCCGCCCCCGUUGCUGCCGCUGCUGCCGCCGCCCGCCCUGCUGCCGCCGCCCCCGUCGCUGCUCCCCCCCCUUCUCCCAGAGGGGAGCCUUCGCCCAAACGGGUGAAGAGAUCACUGCGGGAAGAAGAGUACUUGUGGGAGAAGAUGAAGUCCGAGCCUGGUCGUUGGAUCGCGGUUGGUGUUGACGAAGCGUGUGAUCAUUGCCGACGUGAGAUUAUCACGUAUAAUCGUCCAAACUGGCCCUGCCUCAAGGCAGUCAGGCCACACAACAAGGCCCUCCGUUGUGCUUCAUGCACGUCUGGCCCCUGCUCCUUCUGUCCCGUUUCCUCUGCCCGGGACAUCCCGCCCCGUCCCUUCGACGCUUCUCCUCUCCCCCCUCCCCAGACUCCAGCGUCUGUCCCCCGUUCGAGGGUACCGUCUUCGUCUCUCCGGUCGGUUCGCCGAACUUCGCCGUCCUCCCGCUCGUCGCCUCCCUCGCCCUCGCCUUUUGUUCCUGUGGCCGGCCCGUCGCGUCUCCCGGCUGCUCCUCCUUCGUCCUCCCGUCGUCCUUCGACCUCUCGGCCCUCGGCCCCUCGUCCGUCCUCUCCUGUGGUGGCUUCUCCUCCGGCCCACAGCACCCGAAGUCGCCGUCCUUCUGCUCCUCCGGCCACCCCAGCGGCCGCCCCUGUCACCGAGUCCCCCGCUGCCAAGAAGACCCCGAAGUCUUCUUUAAAGAAAUCAAAAGGGAAAAGGAAGGAGAAAGAGGUCGUCUUUGAAGCUGGUGAUGUGGAAGAUGAAGCUACUCAGCGUGCUGGGCCCUCUGUUCCUCGGUUGUCCUUCGUCCACCCUCGUAUCUCCCUGGACCCUCGUAUCACGGAGGACGAGAAAGAAUUUGCUACGUAUCGUUCUCUCGUUCUCGGCCUCACCACUCAGCUUGACGUCGCUCGGCGUGAUACAUCUCUCUUGCUCGACUUCUCCACUCGUCAAGCCAACGCCUUGAAUAACCUUACUGCGGCGUUAGUAGAUGUAGUCAACGGUGGGAAUCUGAACGAGGAAGCAAGGACGAGGUUAGCGGACGUCUCUCGCCGAAGCCUUACUGAGAUAGCCGAUGUUCGCCGAAGACUUUACGACACCCCCUUCCUCGUUACUCCUAUGGCAUACGAGCCACCACUGUCCAUCGGCUGGUUAGGCCCCCGGAGUAGUUCUCGAGUCCCUGCUUCUGCUCAGACUGCUCUCGAUCUCCUUAGUCUUCCUUCCGAGUGUCUUAGGACCAUACGUUCCCUGUGGAGGACUCCGAGCAUGCAAGCUGCUCGGGAUGUCCAGGACUUUGGUGAUUUCUUUGGGGCUAUGAACCGGGCAUGGAAUGCUUCCCUCUCGACUGUUUUCCCCCCUGACAGUCUCGAUCUACCUUCGGCCAUCGGUACUCUCCACACCAAUCUCGCGGGGCCGAGUAGCGCGAAGGAGAAAGGAAAAGGAAAGGGUAAGGGUAAGGGCAAGUGA